CAUUACUGUAGGAAUAAAAGAGGACAGUAAUAUUUCAGACAGAAGGGAGGAGAUUUGCCGACGGCUCUCCUAUUGGUUUAGUGCAACAGUGAUGGCAUUGAGGAGACGGCUUGUACUUUAUAAAGCUCCCUGAGAGUGAGGAAACCACUGUGAACUCGUUACAGCCGAAGCACGCCGAGGAAAACCCGUGAGAUAACACCUGAACCAUGAGCGAGAGGCAAGGAUCCGGAGCAGCCAGUGGCAACAGCAAAACCUCUGGGGCACAAGAUGCAUCCAAGAAAGACAUCCCCGAGGACUUUGACAUUGACAUGGACGCCCCUGAAACCGAGAAGGCAGCUGUCGCCAUUCAAUCACAGUUCAGGAAGUUCCAGAAGAAGAAGAAUGACGAAAAGUCGUAGUUGCCAGUGGACCGCUCUGUCCGUACGGCCCCAUCAGGACAGCAUGGUUUGAUGUUGCAUGUAAUAGAAUCCAUUCUGUAUGGACUCAAGGGGCGUGGGAGAGGGGAAAUCAAGGUCGUAAUCCGUCAAUUACUGAUUAUUUUACUGCUGUAACUGUGAAUCCUGUAGUUUAUAUUGAUAUUGGUUCUAGCUUUACUCUCCAUUCUAGCCAAGAAUAUCUGUUUUACUAUUGGUGCAUGAUUUGAUUUUUUUUUACCUCAAAGAGCUGGAUCGCUGGCCUGCCCUUUAUUUGUGAAAGCACAAUAUGUUUUCAUUGUGAGUUGCUUACAAAAUCGAUUUAAGUCAGAAACCGCGAGCGUCACGUGUAUAUAAAUAUAGAGCAGAACUUUAUUUUUGUUUCACACCAUUAGUCCUCAGCUCAUGAAAUGCUUUAGCAUCCAUUCUCAUCCCAGUGGGGUUCUAAAAAUAGUCCGUCUUUUGAAAACCCAUAUUGUUGAAUAAUUCCCAGCUCAUCUUCCCAAAUCCCUCGGUUGUGUUCGGUUCUCUUUAUUGAAUUCAGUGCUGGAUGAAAUGACUCGAGAGCGAGUGUUUGAUUGUCUAGUUUGCCGUGGCAUAUCAUAACAUUUCUGUUCGUUUUUCUUCCUUUGCAAAGGAUCAUGGCACAAUCAUCGGCCAAAUCAAACACUCAAUGAUUUCUAUCUCACCUCAGCUCCUUUCUCAACUCAGUCUGAUUGAAAAACAAACUAUUAAUAAACAUCCUUGAGUCUCUGGAAACUAAA